UACUUUGAGAUGGAGUCAGACUGUGUCUGAACUGAGAGAGAAACUAGAAGACUUCCUUAAAGGAGAAUGGACCAAGAUCUCCACUACAGUGAAUAUAGUGGAUGUUGUACUGCCUCCAGAGCCCAAGACCAGAGAACAGUUGUUACAAUAUUCCUGUCAGCUCACACUGGACCCAAACACAGCAGGCACACACCUCUCUCUGUCUGAAGGGAACAGAAAGGUGACCUCUACAGACCAAGUCCAACCAUAUCCUGACCAUCCAGACAGAUUCACCAACUGGUGUCAGGUUCUGUGUAGAGAGGGUCUGUCUGGACGCUGUUACUGGGAGGUGGAGAGGACUGGUGUUGUUUAUACAGCAGUCUCAUAUAAAGACAUCAGCAGAACAGAGGAUGAUGGUGUAUUUGGAUACAAUAACAAGUCCUGGAGUUUAGAGUACUAUAGUGGUGGUUAUUGUUUCAGACACAAUAAUGUUGAGACUAAAGUAUCAGGCCCUCAGUCCUCCAGAGUAGGAGUGUACCUGGAUCACAAGGCAGGUACUCUGUCCUUCUACAGUGUCUCUGACACAAUGACCCUCCUCCACAGAGUCCAGACCACAUUCACUCAGCCCCUCUAUCCUGG